UCGUAGAAACAAUGUGUUCAUCGUCAUAAGCCUGUGUGUGCCACGUCAUUGGUUUUGUGUUUAUGUAAAAAAUGUCAAUGUACAUACUGAACAAAUGUAUUUUUCAAAGUGAAUGGCUAUGUGUCACUAAUUGCGUGUUACUGGGGAUUUCAAGUCUAUCAAGAUGUCAGGCCACAGUGGGGCAAAAAUUGCAUUGAUAAUUAUAGGCUUCUUGAUCUACUGCAUCACAGUGGUGCUUAAUUACUUGUCAACAGGUGAUAUUAUUCCAGGGUUAUUUAGAAACAGGACAGGGGAUAUAGCUGAUGCCUUCUAUGUUAGCGCCACACCAGCUGGCUGGACCUUUGCCGUCAUCUGGGCCACAAUCUACUUUUGGAACCUGGCCUGGUUUAUUUAUGCGCUAACCACCGUCUGCAGACGCGAUGACAAUGGUCACUACAUCUACCAACUGAAUAUUCUUUCACCCUUGUUCUUCAUAUCAUUUAUCAUCAACAAUUGUGCAGUUGUAGCCUGGCUGUUCUUAUGGGACCGUCAGUAUUUGAACUGGGCUCUUCUCGUUAUUGCCUUCACCCCCCUGACUCUGUACAUUUCCCUAUUCAUAUCGUUCAGACGGCUGUAUGGGAAACUGAAUUAUUUGUCAAAAGCUGGUGCUGUGAAAGACAUAUGGCUUACACGAAUUUUCGUGCACAACGGUUUGGCCUUCUUUGCAACAUGGGUUUCGAUCGCUACCCUGUUGAAUUUUGCGAUUGUUCUGACAUAUUACUGGUCGGUUGAAAUGCAGGUGUCUGUGAGCAUUGCUCUUGGAAUUCUCAGCUUUCUAAUCAUUACUUGGUUUUUACUGGAUACAUUUGCGAUUGACAAGUUUGUUCGCUACACUGUUACCCCAUAUAUUGUUGUUGUUGUUGCUUUGGUGGGCUCGGUUCAGAAGAACUUUGACCUUGAAGAUAACUACAGAAAUUCAAUAUUUCUUGUGGUUCUGUUAGCUGUGGCUGGUGUACUGUUGCUUCUGAAGCUGGUAAUCAUGUUCGUUCGGGCAUGCAGAAUACCCAUCAAUGGUAAUGCAGGGGAUGAUCUUAAAGGAACAUUGGCCUAAAUCUUAUCAUGGUUUAGUGAAAGGUCUCAUGCAGAAUAAUAUGAUUUGCGCACAUCGGCUUCACAAUUUUUAGCAUAAAAGUUGUCAAUGUUCAUUCUCUUAGUAGCAAUACUGUGAUUUAACUUUGCAUUUUUGUUUUUUUAACAAUACUUAAGGUUUUUCAUGAAGAACAUUAUGUAAUUUGUUCAUUUUCAUUAAUUCUUAAAGUAGUUAUGUUUGUGUUUUGGCUAGCUGAGUUACCAUGCAAAUUGAGUUUUUCUUUCCUUUAUUUCUACAGAUCUAGUUUAUGUAUUUUUGAUAAAAUCUAUCAUAUCGCAUAUUUCAUGUAUUAUAUGAUUUUUGUAUAAAUGAAAAGAAUGUCUGAUCUGUGAUACUGUGAUAUCAUUGUAUAAGCUACACAAAUGGUUUAUAAUUAUUACCUAGUAAGUUUAUUUUUAUGUGUGAAAAAAGAAAAGACAAUACCGGUAUUUAAUAGUUUUGCCAUACAUGUAUUACAUGUUUUUAUGUUAAAGUGGUUCUAUACCAAAGGGUCUAGUUGUAAAUAAUAAAAUGCAAGCUAUUCAUUUACAUUGGAUAAAUAUGUUUCUUUAAUAUUAACAUAAUAUUUUAUAUUUGUAUUAAAAAACAGUUUUGAAUUUCAAUAGAGGGGCAUCUGUAACAAAGAUACAUCAUAAAAUUUUUGUUAUGUUCUGUGUCUCCAUUAUCUGGUAUUAGGAUAUACAUGUACAUAACUGAGAUAAAGUUUGUUUUAUUUGUUUGUUUUUUCACUCUAUUUUGUCUCCAUUUUCAUUGACAAAAUAUUGUUUGACUUAUUGUUAUUUAUCGACAGGUGCUUUUACAAUUUUGAUCAUUAUUCACUUCAUUGUGUUUAUGGUAGAAAAAGAUUUAGAAGAUGGUUAAUAUCUAUGUCAGUUGUUAUAUUUUACCGCUCGAUUACAAACACUUCUUUUAUUUGGGGGAACUUGAUAAAAAAAUAAUUUAGUUCUUAUAAUGUGUCAGUAGGUUCAUUUAAAGUUGUAUUUAGAUAGAUAGAUUUAUUUCAGUAUAUAAAAUACAUAUGGCAUGGUACACAACAUAAUUAAAAUUUCUACAUAUCAUGAAAUACAAAUGCUAAAAAGCAAUUUGAAAUUCAUCAUUUCGUAAAAAAUACAUAAUUAUUGCUUCUUUUUAUAUCAUUUGGUAAAAAGGUAUUAUUGUUGCAUCAAAUGUCAUGUACUCGUAUACCCAGGAUAGCACAAAAAAGGGAAAUUAUAUGAACUUUUCAGUCUUCUAAGUUUAUUCAUGGAAAUUGUAUGCAUUGUUAUGUUCCUUUUUAAAUGUUAUAUAUUACUCACCUCAUUAUGAUGAAUUGUAUUUGAAUGCUUGGAAUGUUUCUGUUUCAGAUAUAUUACUUAAUUGUUCACAGUUUUAGUUGUUAUUUUGAUAUGCAUGAAAUGGAUGGCAACAGACACUGCAAAGAUGUGAACGCAAUCCCUGCAAGGAAUUCACAAUUAUGCAAAAGCCAAUCAAUAUGCAGAGAAUUAGCUAGGAGUAUUAGAUACAAAUCACAAUUUAUAGGUUAAAACAAUAAAAGUAAAAUUAUUCAAAUUUUAAAAGAAUGAAGUUGUCUAUAUCAAUACAAAAACAUUAAUGUUUUUUUUAAGACAUUGGUUUUUCUGAGGCCAUCAUGCUAAAAUGUAUUACAGUAUAUAUAGAACAAGUUAAAUAUGUGUUUCUUGACUCCCCAUAUCGAAUGCUGGUUGGGUUAUUUGGGUGUAUAAUUUUCUUUAGAUCUUCGCAUUAAAUCCAUAUUUGUUAGUGCCUUACUUUUUUGAAGUCUUGUGUGAUUGUUGCCUUAAUUUAGAUCUCUUUAUUGUUCAGAUUCCAUGUUUACGUUUUAAUGGCAUUGUUCUGUAACUGGGCAUUUUGAUUGUGUAUGAUAUUA